GUCGGCCUGCUACAGCGGCAGCCACGGUGCAAAAAUGUUGCUCAACAGAGUAAUGGGACACCGUGGACUGCCGCGCCAGCUGGCCGCCUUGGACCCAAUUUGGAGGAGGUAGGGCAAUAGGGACAACUAAAUGUUAGGCUAAUGAAGGGCAUUUCUCUGCUGUCCUGUCAUUGCGGAACGUACGCUAAGGAGUGUGCAGCUAAUUGUGUUGUGACGUUCCGCAAUGACAGGACCACUAGUCUAAAGAAUUUACUAGAAAUGUUUUACCCCGCUUUUUAACGUCUUCUUAGUGUUGUGACUCUAUUUUUUUUUGCCCAUGUUAAAUUUUUUUUUAUAGAGCACAAAAUGGACGAGCGGUGGUGCCAAAUUACGAAGCGGAGAAGUGUCCUGUCUAGUUGCAUUAGUUAAGUUAUCAUAAGUAUGCACUUGACAAAUCCAUGUUUCCAUGUUUCCGUACCCUCAGGCCCGGUUGCUGCGUAGAUAUAUACGGGCUGGUUAACCCAUCUGUGAGUGAGUGUUCCUGGUAGCUGCUUAAAAAAGACGACCUUAGGGAUAAUAUUUUAUAUUCUAACUGUUGAGUUUUGAUUUUCCACUUUUUAUUUUGUCCAAAUUGUCUGUUUACAUUCUUGACAAGGAAAAUCCAUUCACAUUUAUCCCUCUGACCAACCCCAAUUUUGCUCAGUGUAGCGUUAUCUGACCAAUCUUGAUCCUCUUUACUCUCUCUCUUCAAGAGAGAGUCUCAGUCAGAUCGUCGUGUUGUGUAGUUGGUCGAGUGUGGACGUGCUUUGCGCCCCACUCCUAGUCUCAGUCAGGCAGUCAGAUCGUCGUGUUGAUCAGUUGGUCGAGUGCGGACGUGCCUGCGCCCACUCUCAGUGUCAGCCCCAGUGUCAGUGUCAGUUUCAGUCCCAGUGUCAGUUGGCCGGUCGAGGGCCAGUGCCCACGCCCCUUGCCCAUUCCCGGCCGGAGCAGCCGCCAGGAGCGCAAGAUCACUAGCCUCCAGAGCCUGAUUUUCCGCCCGUGCUAGAGCCGCACACGCGCGCAGCAGCCGCGCCGAGGAGCCAGCCAGCAGGCCAGCAGGCCAGCGAGCCGUAAGCUAGCAAGUACCGCCACAGCCAAUUGUACAAGCAGCCGUAAGAACAAUGGGAAAGAGAAGAAACCACAAACAUCGGCUGUGCAAUUUUAUUAUUUUAUUUUAUUUUAUUUUAUUCUGUGUCAAAGUGCAAUUUUGGGAUUUAAUUUUGCCAAUUAAAUCCCACAAUAUAUGUAUGUCAUACAUACAUACACAUGCUGCUAUUUAUUUCCCCAAUUAAAAACGUGAUGGCCGGCUUAAGAGAGGAUUUAAAGAUCGGUGAGUUUAAGAACAAAACCUUUUUUACUCACACAUAUUGAUUUAACGCAUUGCAUCAAUGGGUUUUAAGGGAGAGAAGUUGAAACACUGGGAAAUACAUACACACAGAUUUACCCAAGUCACAAACCAUAAAGUAUUCACAUACUUGGGACUUUUGUUGCUAGCAUUCACAUGUUGCUGCCAAAGUUAUGCACACAUAUGUUGCUGCAACAAAAUUAUUUCCCCUUCCCCCCCUGCCCUCAAUUGCACACUCUAAAUAUUAUAAAUUGCACAUUAUCCUACUAACUGCACGCCAUUACCUAAUAUUGCACAAUUAUUAACACGCACUAAACGAAUCAUUUGAGUCUAAUAUUUUACGAUAACAAAUGGGAAAUUAAUUCAACAUUAAAACACCUAUUAAUUAUUAACAUGCCCCGAAGCGAUUUUUUAUUCAUUAUUUUCCUCAUUUUGUUAUCAUUCACUAAUUAAUAAAACAUCUGACACAUUUUUAUGAAUUUAUGACCCGACUCUUUUUAUUUUAUGAACCGAUGAACGAACUCUUGAAACAACUUUUCCCAGCUCUCGUCUUGACAAACCCAAGCUGGUGAACUUGACCAAUAUUAUCCCGCCUUGGCCUGGCAAGCCUUGGCAAUUGAAUUUUGAUCCUGCAGUUUUUGAAUAUUAUUGAAGAAUACUAAAUAUUUUCUUGAAUUCCAGAUGUCCCUGCUUUCGGCCUGGCAAGCCGAAGCAAACAAUUUAUUUUGAUCCUUUGGUGAUGGUUUUCUAGAUUUAUCCUGUUUAAUAGUCUCUCUGCCUCUUGGUCUGGCAAACCAAUGCAGAUGAGCUGAUCUUGUGAAUGAUAAUGGAUGAAUUUGGCCAACGCUUGUGCUUGGCCAAAGUCUGAAUCUCAAUAUUUCUUGCUUAUAAGGUCUGGCAAACCAUAGCAAAUAUAUUUCUUUAUCCUUAAGAUUUUUCUAGAAUAACCCAGUGCAAUAAUUUUCUGUUUACGGCCUGGCAAACCUAAACAGUUGAUAGGAUCCUGCAAAGUACAACUGUUGAAUCUGGCCAAUAUUUAUUGGUCAAAUUUGGAAUUCUGAAUUUAUUUUUGUUUUUCUCCGGUCUGGCAAACCGAAAUAAUUUAUUUUAUUCUGUGAUGAUUUUCCUGCUUUUUGGUCUGGCAAACCAAAAGCAGCUGUGCGAAUUCUGCAGUAGCGUUAUUUACACUAAUUCCGAUCAAUGAAAUGUCAAGUUUGAGUUCCAAGAAAAUCUGCCAACCCCUUUAUUCAGACUGCAGUAUGAAACGAAUCCUGCAUAUCCUUGCCUAUGGACUGGCACUCCUAGGCAACAAGCCAGAUGCUGCACUCUGUUAUUUCACGCUUUUGGCCAACUAGUUUGGCCAAAUCAGAAUUCUUGCCGCCGCCUGUUCCUGCCCGAGAUGGCCCUUUUUGGGCAAAACAAGAUGAAAGAAGGAAGUCCUGUUGACAGUCAAUCCUGCUGUCGCCCGCCAACGAGCCAGUCCCAGCCGCAAGUAGCGGCCAAGUCUGGCCAAAAAAUCACGGCCCAAUGCAAAUGAAGGACGUCCUAUUGGCAGCCAAUCCUGGCUGUCACCCGCAAGUAGCCGCCAAUUCUGGGCUAUAAUCUGGGCCCAAUGCGAAUGAAGGAUGUCCUGUGGGCGACCAAUCCUGGCCGCCCAUUACCAAUGAGCCCGACUCAGCCCCCAAUUGUGGCCAUGUCGGGCCAUCCAGGCGUCCUCCAUCCUUCGAUGUCUUGGCCUGGAGGGCAUCCACCGAUCAGGAUGCUGAAGAUGUUUUGCACUCGCCCUGGAUUGGAGAUGACCCCCCCCCUGCCUGGAUGAGGAUGGCCCAUUUGAAGGGCCCAACGCUGGACAUCCUUCUCCAUGGACUUUAGAUAAUUAUUUUUCAUCUUGUUUGUCUCGCUAAAAGUCCUCCUCCAAAUUCUUAUCUUGACCAAUCUUUGUUUUUUUUUUUUUAUUUGUGUUCUCAUCUCGUAAGAAUCACACUGUUUUGUGAUUCUUUUAAUGUUAGACUUGACUCAAAUCUUUUUGUUUUUUAUUAUUUUUGUUAAUUUAUGUUGUUUUUAGUUUCUUGUUUUUCAUUAUAAGAUUCAUGUAAAUCAACUUGACAAUAAUAAUUAACGUAGUUCUUGUUAGGCUAAUUGUCCUUGUCGGCCUGCUACAGCGGCAGCCACGGUGCAAAAAUGUUGCUCAACAGAGUAAUGGGACACCGUGGACUGCCGCGCCAGCUGGCCGCCUUGGACCCAAUUUGGAGGAGGUAGGGCAAUAGGGACAACUAAAUGUUAGGCUAAUGAAGGGCAUUUCUCUGCUGUCCUGUCAUUGCGGAACGUACGCUAAGGAGUGUGCAGCUAAUUGUGUUGUGACGUUCCGCAAUGACAGGACCACUAGUCUAAAGAAUUUACUAGAAAUGUUUUACCCCGCUUUUUAACGUCUUCUUAGUGUUGUGACUCUAUUUUUUUUUGCCCAUGUUAAAUUUUUUUUUAUAGAGCACAAAAUGGACGAGCGGUGGUGCCAAAUUAAGAAGCGGAGAAGUGUCCUGUCUAGAUGCAUUAGUUAAGUUAUGAUAAGUAUGCACUUGACAAAUCCAUGUUUCCAUGUUUCCGUAUCCUCAGGCCCGGUUGCUGCGUAGAUAUAUACGGGCUGGUUAACCCAUCUGUGAGUGAGUGUUCCUGGCUGUUGCUUAAAAAAGACGACCUUAGGGAUAAUAUUUAUAUCUAAAUUGUUGAGCUUCUUGAUUUUCCACUUUUCUAUUUUGUCCAAAUCGUCUGUUUCACAUUCUUGACAAGGAAAAUCCAUUCACAUUUAUAACUAUUCAUCCCUCUGACCAACCCCAAUUUUGCUCAGUGUAGCGUUUUCUGACCAAUCUUGAUCCUCUUUACUCUCUCUCUUCAAGAGAGAGUCUCAGUCAGAUCGUCGUGUUGUGUAGUUGGUCGAGUGCGGACGUGCUUUGCGCCCCACUCCUAGUCUCAGUCAGGCAGUCAGAUCGUCGUGUUGUGUAGUUGGUCGAGUGCGGACGUGCCUUGCGCCCCACUCUCAGUCUCAGUCAGGCAGUCAGAUCGUCGUGUUGUGUAGUUGGUCGAGUGCGGACGUGCCUUGCGCCCCACUCUCAGUCUCAGUCAGGCAGUCAGAUCGUCGUGUUGAUCAGUUGGUCGAGUGCGGACGUGCCUGCGCCCGCUCUCAGUGUCAGUGUCAGUUUCAGUCCCAGUGUCAGUUGGCCGGUCGAGGGCUAACGUGCCCACGCCCCUUGCCCAUUCCCGGCCGGAGCAGCCGCCAGGAGCGCAAGAUCACUAGCCUCCAGAGCCUGAUUUUCCGCCCGUGCUAGAGCCGCACACGCGCGCAGCAGCCGCGCCGAGGAGCCAGCCAGUAGGCCAGCAGGCCAGCGAGCCGUAAGCUAGCAAGUACCGCCACAGUCAAUUGUACACAGCAGCCGUAAGAACAGAACAAUGUACGAAACAACCAAUUACGUAAAGGAAACAAAUAAUAAUUAGAACAAACAACAACAAAAUACAAGAAAAAAAAAAAAAAAGGUGUUUCUAUUGACCUGAAAUUGACCAAAAAAUUGACCAAAAUUGACCAAAUUGACCAAAUAUAUAUAUGUAAAAUCUACGAAACACGACUUGAAAAAGCGAGACUUCUGACGACAUAUAUAUACACAUAAAACGACACAUAUAAAGGCACAUAAAACGACAUUAAAAAAGGCAUAUUCCACGACAUAUAAAAAAGGCAGAUUAAAUUACAUAUUAAAAGACAUAUAAAAGGACAUAUAAAACGACAUAUAAAACGACACAUAUAUAUUUAUAUAUAUACACAUAUAAUCUAAUUCCCGCCCAGCACAUACACAUACAUAUACAUUUGGCGCCAAUUAUUGCGCACCUGUGCGUGUGCCUCAUAACCGUUUAUUCUGCAGCAACGGCAUCAUCACCAAUUUUGGCGGCCAAGUACAGCCACGGCAAAGCAUAUUGCACAAAAUUAGUCAAUUUUUUGGCAAUUUUGGCGCAAUUGGAAGCGUCGCACAAAAGGAGAAGCAGGAGAACCGCUAUUCUAUUGGCAGCUUAUCUGGAGAGAGGUCCAUUCCUGAGCUAAGAAAGGCGGAGCGAAGAAAACGAAAGAUGGCAAAGAGAGGCUUAAAUAAGGUUUGAACUCCAACAACUACAACAACAACAGCAUCAACCUAGAUGACAUUUCUCCAACGGUUAGUGCUAGUUUGGAUAGCCAGGAUGCUCCUCAUUUGGAGCCAGCCAGUAUUGAGUGGGCGCGUAUUCAGGCUCUGGUCCAUUCUCCACCUUGGGUCACCAUCAACAACAACAGCAACAGGAAGCCGAGCGCGAUGAAGAAGAAGAAGGACUCACUUGGCAAUCCUAAGCCAUUUGUCCUUCUUAAGGAUGGCGACUUUCCUCCGCUUCCCCCCCCAAUGAAGACUCCGCUAUUUAAAAGUAAUUUUGCGCAGCAACUUUGUAGGGAAAAGGUGAUGAACAGCAAUAGCAGCAAAAACAAUAAUAGUAUUGGCAACAGUAACGGCAACAACAACAACCACGCCAAUGGUAGCAGCGCUACGAGGAAUAAUAAUAAUUCAGCAAAGUUAGGUGCCGGUACUCCUAGGGUUAGAUGGAAAGAGGCUCCGUCUAACAGUAACUCCAAAUCGACGCCAUCUUUUAGAGCCAAAACUACGCCCAUGCCAAUUCCUAGGAGAACUUUCUCUAGGUCCUCUUCCACCUCUGCCAGUGUCUCUAGCCAGUUGACUCAGUGUCAUCGGUGUCAAGCUUUCGGCCACUUCAAGAAUGACUGCAGACGCAAAUUCGUCUGCAUGAAGUGUGCUGGCCUCCAUCCUACAGUUGCCUGUCGAAAGCACAGGAAUACGCCCCCUAAAUGCUGUAACUGUGGCGGUCAGCAUAUCAGUGCGUAUAAAGGUUGCCCCUUUUAUUCUAAUUUGAAACGCAAAGCGCUAGGGUAUUCCAACGAUAGGCAGUUGAAGGCCAGUCACCAACAAUCUAGAAGACACUCUGACAGAAACAAUCUUGCUAAUUUGCAGCUGAAAAGUCGCAAAUACCCAGUUCAUCAGCAGAGUCACAAGCAUCAACAGAGACAGAAUGCCAAUUAUUGGCAGCUAUUGCAAGACAACACCCCAUCAAUUAGCAAUAGAAGAUCGUGGAAUACUGAAUCUAGGCCAAGGAAGAAUCUUAACUACCGACAGAAUUACAGGCAGGAUUGGAGAAACACCAAUAGGAGAACCACUAGGAAACAGUCCGCCCCUAGUUAUCCCAUUUCCAGGCCAGCCAAUAAGAAUCCUGCUGAGGCUCACUUGGCUCGAUUCCAGGCAAAACUCCUUGCAGAGCGCGCUAGGGAAUCAGGUGAACCUAAUGCUAGUGAUAAACCUCUACACCUAGCUCUACAACCUGUUAAUGAGACCAAUGCAACAAGUGCUAUGAACAUCAAUACUAGGGGGCCUCAACACAAAGCUUCUCCUACCGCCAACAAUAAUUGCUGCCACUUACAGCACCUAACGCAGUCCCUUGACGAGCUUAAGGCGCAACAGGACAAGACUCAUGAAAGGCUGGACAAAUUUGAGCGUCUUUUUAACAAACUCUUUAAAUCACUUAAUAAAAUUAUUGCCACGCUAGAUUUAACAGGGUUGUCCCUCAAUUUGCACCUGGAAAGCGACCAAAGCGAUCAAUCCCUGCCUGGCGAUCUCUUCGAUACCACCGUUGGAGAAUCUUACAUGGAGAUCAGCCUGGCCAAUGACUCCAGGAGCGCCUGAGCCAGGAUAAUAUUCGCCAGCCCCAUCCGACUAGGCAGCAGACCAUCAUGGGUCUUUGGAUUGGGCUCGGAUUGCCGGUGGUGUUUUUGCUUUGCAGCUGAUUGUUACUAUAGUCCCAGGAAACACCGAUUUUAAAUUAACUUCUGCCUUGCCAUUCAGCUGCCGUCAUGAUUCUGUCCUUCAGUGGGGCUACUUUUCCUUCACCUGCAGGAAGUUGCUUAGUAGUAGGAAAUGCCAAUUGCAGAAUUUUAGCUACGCCCUCCUAGCGCCACCUAUGGGCGUACGUUUCGACCUCUUGUGAAAAAAAAAAACCUCACCUGAGGGUCGAAAUUUUGAAGGAUUGCUGCCAUUCACUCUGGAUGUCAUCCAACUCCAGCAGGAUGAUGCUGUGGGCCAGAAAAUGCCAAUUGUUGAAUUCUUGCCACGCCCCCUUAGCGCCACCAUGGGCGUUUGUAUUGGUCACAUAUGAAAAAUCUCAUGUGUUGACCACUACUUCUUGGGUAUGGCAAAAAUUUUAUGGAGCGCUGUUUUCCACCUCGGAUGCUAUUCAACACCUUCAGGAGGACCCUAAGGACUAGCCAACACCAAUUACUGAAUUUUUGCCACGCCCCCUUAGCGCCACCAUGGGCGUAUGUAUUGGGCACAUAUGAAAAAUCUCAUGUGUUGCCCACUACUUCUUGGUUAUGGCAAAAACUUUAUGGAGCGCUGUUUUCCACCUCGGAUGCUAUUCAACACCUUCAGGAGGACCUUAAGGACUAGCCAACACCAAUUAUGGAAUUUUUGCCACGCCCCCUUAGCGCCACCAUGGGCGUAUGUAUUGGGCACAUAUGAAAAAUCUCAUGUGUUGACCACUACUUCUUGGGUAUGGCAAAAAUUUUAUGGAGCGCUGUUUUCCACCUCGGAUGCUAUUCAACACCUUCAGGAGGACCCUAAGGACUAGCCAACACCAAUUAUUGAAUUUUUGCCACGCCCCCUUAGCGCCACCAUGGGCGUAUGUAUUGGUCACAUAUGAAAAAUCUCAUGUGUUGACCACUACUUCUUGGGUAUGGCAAAAAUUUUAUGGAGCGCUGUUUUUCCACCUCGGAUGCCAUUCAACACCUUCAGGAGGACCUUAAGGACUAGCCAACACCAAUUAUUGAAUAUUUGCCACGCCCCCUUAGCGCCACCAUGGGCGUAUGUAUUGGGCACAUAUGAAAAAUCUCAUGUGUUGACCACUACUUCUUGGGUAUGGCAAAAAAUUUUAUUGAGCGCUGUUUUCCACCUCGGAUGCUAUUCAACACCUUCAGGAGGUCCCUAAGGACCAGGAUACACCAACUCCUGAAUUUUUGCCACGCCCCCUGAACGCCACCAUGGGCGCACGUUUUGACCUCUUGUGAAAAAUUUCACCCGUUGGUCGAAAUUUUGAAGGAUUGCUGCCAUUCACUCUGGAUGUCAUCCAACACCAGCAGGAUGAUGCUUAGGACUGGAUUGGACCAUUUACAGAAUUUUAGCCACGCCCUCCUAGCGCCACCAUGGGCGUAUGUAAUGGCCACACGUGAAAAUUCACACUUGAUGGUCAUUUCCACUGGGUAUGGCUGGAAUGUUACGGGGCUCUAUCAUGCGUCCAGGAUGACUACCAUCGCCUGCAGGAUGAACCUAAGGACCAGGAUUCAUCAACUCCUGAAUUUUAGCCACGCCCCCUGAGCGCCACCAUGGGCGUAUGUUUCGACCUCUUGUGAAAAAUUUCACCUGUUGGUCGAAAUUCUUAAGGAGCACUGCCAUUCAAUCUGGAUGUCAUCUAACACCACCAGGAUGAUGCUUAGGACUGGAUUGGACCUAUUGCAGAAUUUUGCCACGCCCCCUGACUGCCACUAUGGGCGGCUACACUUGGCCAUUUAUGGAAUUUCUCCAUUUUAUAGCCACUUCUGUGGGGCUCAUCUGAAAUUCUUUCCAGUCUCCCUCUGCUGACCUAAUGCCACCCAACUCUCCUGUGAUGAUGCCAUGAUCCUUUUUAAGGACUCACAAAAAUUCUUUUGCCUGCCACUAUACAGCCCAUUUAGGGCUGCUCAUUGAACAAACUGUGAUAUUGUGUAUACGUACAUCCUUGACGACACCUAACAUGGACGACAAGGCUAACUAAUUCUAAGGAUCUAAGGACUGACGAAGGUAUUUACACUCUGGAUGCCCCCUAUUGGGGCAAUUUUAUAUGAUAAUUUAUUUCCUGACGACAUCUCCAGCCAUGGUGGAUGCCCCCUAGUGGGUCAUUAUAAUUAUAAUAUUAAUUUAGGGAAAAUUAUUCCCCCACCAAAUGUUACAUUUGUCGCCAGAUCCUGGCGGCAUUAUCGUCUCGAUUUUUGUCAACCUUGUCAGUUCUAGCCAAUGUCUUUCCGUUAACUCAAAGGACUCAUAAUCACACACAAAUGCAAUUUCACACAAUGAGCCUGAAAUUAUCCAUGUCCAAGGAACCCGCAAAUCCCAAGUCAGUGAGAUUUCUCAAAUAUUCUCUUUAUUUAAAUAAUUGCCAAUUGCCUAAUAAAUAUCAUCACAUUCAAAAUGCAAAUAUUCACAAAUAUAUUGAGCCAUAAAAAUUCUCCAAAUCUAAUAAGUAUGAUAAUAAAACCCUCUGAGUCAGUGAAAUAUUCCAUUCACGUUAACAAUUUGCCAAUUGCCAAGUGAACAAAUUCUCAUUUGAAUUUAUUCUAAAUAAUUGAAAAAGUUGCUAUAUAUUUACAUAUGCACGUUCCGAUUCCAUUGUUCCCAUAGCAAGGAAAUGCUCGUACUUUAUUUUGCCCUGCCAGUCUCCGUGCAUUAAUGCGAGCGAACGCAACUAUUUCUCCACGUGCUUUAUAUGUGCUAUAAGUAAUACCGAUUCCAUUGGCCAAAAUCGUUAAAAUUUAAUAUGAAAUACUGGCCAACAGCCAAGGGCUGAAAACUAAAGAAAAUUUAUUACAUUUGUGCAAUUUCCCCAUUUACAAAUAUAUAUUUAAAGUGCAAUAUUUCCGUUUUCUUUUCUAGGGGAAAGAGAAGAAACCAUAAACAUCGGCUGUGCAAUUUUAUUAUUUUAUUUUAUUUUAUUUUAUUCUGUGUCAAAGUGCAAUUUUGGGAUUUAAUUUUGCCAAUUAAAUCCCACAAUAUAUGUAUGUCAUACAUACAUACACAUGCUGCUAUUUAUUUCCCCAAUUAAAAACGUGAUGACCGGCUUAAGAGAGGAUUUAAAGAUCGGUGAGUUUAAGAACAAAACCUUUUUUACUCACACAUAUUGAUUUAACGCAUCGCAUCAAUGGGUUUUAAGGGAGGGAAUUUGAAACACUGGGAAAUACAUACACAUAGAUCUACCCAAGUCACAAACCAUAAAGUAUUCACAUACUUGGGACUUUGUUGCUAGCAUACUCAUGUUGCUGCCAAAGUUAUGCACAUAUAUGUUGCUGCAACAAAACUAUUUCCCCUUCCCCCCCUGCCCUCAAUUGCACACACUAAAUAUUAUAAAUUGCACAUUAUCCUACUAAUUGCACGCCAUUACCUAAUAUUGCACAAUUAUUAACACGCACUAAACGAAUCAUUUGAGUCUAAUAUUUUACGAUAACAAAUGGGAAAUUAAUUCAACAUUAAAACACCUAUUAAUUAUUAACAUGCCCCGAAGCGAUUUUUUUAUUCACUAUUUUCCUCAUUUUGUUAUCAUUUACUAAUUAAUAAAACAUCUGACACUUUUUUAUGAAUUUAUGACCCGACUCUUUUUUAUUUUAUGAACCGAUGAACGAACUCUUGAAACAACUUUUCCCAGCUCUCGUCUUGACAAACCCAAGCUGGUGAACUUGACCAAUAUUAUCCCGCCUUGGCCUGGCAAGCCUUGGCAAUUGAAUUUUGAUCCUGCAGUUUUUGAAUAUUAUUGAAGAAUACUAAAUAUUUUCUUGAAUUCCAGAUGUCCCUGCUUUCGGCCUGGCAAGCCGAAGCAAACAAUUUAUUUUGAUCCUUUGGUGGUGGUUUUCUAGAUUUAUCCUGUUUAAUAGUCUCUCUGCCUCUUGGUCUGGCAAACCAAAGCAGAUGAGCUGAUCUUGUGAAUGAUAAUGGAUGAAUUUGGCCAAGCACAAGCGUUGGCCAAGCUCUGAAUCUCAAUAUUUUUGCCUUGGUCUGGCAAACCAUAGCAAAUUUAUUCCUUUAUCCUUAAGAUUUUUCUAGAAUAACCCAGUGCAAUAAUUUUCUGUUUACGGCCUGGCAAACCUAAACAGUUGAUAGGAUCCUGCAAAGUACAACUUUUGAAUCUGGCCAAUAUUUAUUGGUCAAAUUUGGAAUUCUGAAUUUAUUUUUGUUUUUUUUCUCCGGUCUGGCAAACCGAAACAAUUUAUUUUAUUCUGUGAUGAUUUUCCUGCUUUUUGGUCUGGCAAACCAAAAGCAGCUGAGCUAAUUCUGCAGUAGCGAUAUUUACACUAAUUCCGAUCAAUGAAAUGUCAAGUUUGAGUUCCAAGAAAAUCUGCCAACCCCAUUAUUCAGAUUGCAGUAUGAAACGAAUCCUGGAUAUCCUUGCCUAUGGACUGGCACUCCUAGGCAACAAGCCAGAUGCUGCAUUCUGUUAUUUCACGCUUUUGGCCAACUAGUCUGGCCAAAUCAGAAUUCUUGCCGCCGCCUGUUCCUGCCCGAGAUGGCCCUUUUUGGGCAAAACAAGAUGAAAGAAGGAAGUCCUGUUGACAGUCAAUCCUGCUAUCGCCCGUCAACGAGCCAGUCCCAGCCGCAAGUAGCGGCCAAGUCUGGCCAAAAAUCAUGGCCCAAUGCAAAUGAAGGAUGUCCUCCUGGCAGUCAAUCUGGCUGUCAUCCGUCAAUGAGCCAGUCCCAGCCGCAAGUAGCGGCCAAGUCUGGCCAAAAAUCAUGGCCCAAUGCAAAUGAAGGAUGUCCUCCUGGCAGUCAAUCUGGCUGUCACCCGUCAAUGAGCCAGUCUUAGCCGCAAGCAGCGGCUAUUUCUGGCCAUAAAUCAUGGCCCAAUGCAAAUGAAGGAUGUCCUCUUGGCAGUCAAUCCUGGCUGUCAGCUGCAAGCAGCGGCCAAGUCUGGGCUAUAAUCUGGGCCCAAUGCAAAUGAAGGAUGUCCUGUGGGCGACCAAUCCUGGCCGCCCACCACCAAUGAGCCCGACUCAGCCCCCAAUUAUGGCCAUGUCGGGCCAUCCAGGCGUCCUCCAUCCUCUGAUGUCUUGGCCUGGAGGGCAUCCACCGAUCAGGAUGCUGAAGAUGUCUUGCACUCGCCCUGGAUUGGAGAUGACCCCCCCCCUGCCUGGAUGAGGAUGGCCUAUUUGAAGGGCCCAACGCUGGACAUCCUUCUCAAUUGACUUUAGAUAAUUGUUUUCAUCUUGUUUGUCUCGCUAAAAGUCCUCCUCCAAAUUCUUAUCUUGACCAAUCUUUGUUUUUAUUUGUGUUCUCAUCUCGUAAGAAUCACACUGUUUUGUGAUUCUUUUAAUGUUAGACUUGACUCAAAUCUUUUUGUUUUUUAUUAUUUUUGUUAAUUUAUGUUGUUUUUAGUUUCUUGUUUUUCAUUAUAAGAUUCAUGUAAAUCAACUUGACAAUAAUAAUUAACGUAGUUCUUCUUAGGCUAAUUGUCCUUGUCGGCCUGCUACAGCGGCAGCCACGGUGCAAAAAUGUUGCUCAACAGAGUAAUGGGACACCGUGGACUGCCGCGCCAGCUGGCCGCCUUGGACCCAAUUUGGAGGAGGUAGGGCAAUAGGGACAA